CAGGCCCUUGGGCACUGGGUUGGACUAGUUUUUUUCCAGGGAAACAAACGGCGUUCUGUUAUCAUACGCGAAUGCAAAAUGUCGUCCGUGCGAGGGGUACCGGUGAGUCAAACCCGAGUCCGGACGAGACUAAAGGAGCCUGAGGAAAUACGACGUCGUAGAGCACUGAAAAGAGUGGACAGAGAGCUUUCAAAGAGCAACUUCAGGGCGGCGCUCUCUCUGGUCAAGCAGUUGCAAGGUAAGCCCGGUGGUCUCCGUGGCUUUGGUGCCGCUAAACAGGUGUCUCAAAGAAUUUCAUCCUUGGAUGAAUUAGACCUCGGUGGAAUGGAUACAUCAUCUCUCAGAUCAUUAGUUGAUUCAGUUCUGGAUUCCAUUAGGCGUAGCAUUCAGUUUCCGUUAACCGGUGAGGUCUCAUCAUUAGGACUUGAGACUUUUAUGGAAGGUGAAAACUAUGAUUGUCCUUGCGAAGAUCAUCUAAGAUGUAUGCAACACGAAGCCGGUCAUUUUCUAGUUGGCUACUUGCUUGGGGUAUUACCAAAAAGAUAUAGAGUACCUAGCAUGGAGGGUCUGAGGCAAGAAGAAUUUGCUGGAGGAAAGGUGGAGUUUCUCGGUUUUGAGUUUCUUAGUGAACUUGAUACUGCAACUACUUUAUAUAAAGACUUCACCAAAGGAAAACUAAGUGACGUGGCCAUUAAAAGGAAAAUUUCAUUCACGGUUUUAAAGAGGUUUUUAUGUGUUAUACUUGGAGGGUUGGUAGCAGAGCAUCUGGUUUUUGGAUACUCUGAAGGACAUUACUCUGAUGUUGAGAAGUUGGACAGUGUUCUUAAAUGGGUGGGAUUCUCAGAGAAUGAAGCUGACUUACAAGUAAGAUGGGCUGCACUGAAUACAGUCCUGAUAUUAGUUCGUCAUCAUGAAGCUAGAUCAAGACUAGCAGAAGCCAUGGCAUUAGGAAGGUCGGUUGGCUUUUGCAUUGAUACAAUAGAAAGUACUUUACAUGGUAAAGACAUUUAGAGUUAGAGACCUUUGCUAUCCGAGAAGUAUAAGGCCCUCUGAGGCAUGAGUUGUUGAAACCUUGGCUGUGGAGAGUCUGCACUUUUGGUUAAUGAGUGGAGAACUACCACAAAUUGUAGUAGGGUGUACUGCAUUAGCAGUGGUGGAAGCUUAGAAGCAAGGUGAUAUUGUACGACUUUGCUAUGAUGUCCUUCCAACCUCGAUUCACGUAGAACAUCUCUCCAUCAUAUGAACAUCGUAUAUAGGAGAAAUAUGAGGUCCAAACUAAGAAGUGCUGCACUCCCUUGAAAUGGGUGUGUAAAUCACACCUCCUUCUGUGAUUGCCAAAGCUCCGGGUGAACCCAAAAUAGGUCAUGGACUUGGAUCUACCAAAUGA